GUAGCAGCGGCGGCAUUGCUCCAAUAGGCUCCCCUCGCUCCAGUCUCCACUCUCGAGACCGGGAGAGACAUCGCGCCACCCAGCCCCAGCCGAGCCGACCCUAGGCUCCCCGAGGCUCUCGGUGACACCAGGGCGCACCACACACACACCGAGGGGGCGGAAAAGAGAACAAACCCAGAACUCCAAAGAUGGGAGGCAAGCUCAGCAAGAAGAAGAAGGGGUACAAUGUAAAUGAUGAGAAAGCCAAGGACAAAGACAAGAAGGCUGAAGGUGCUGGUACAGAAGAAGAAGAAACUCCCAAGGAGAACGAUGAGACCCAGACGGUGGCCGAGACCACAGAUGUGAAGGAGAAGACCGAGAAAGAUUCCCAGGUCACUGCCAACAAGACCGAAGAGAAGGGAGCAGAGAAGGAUGCGGCGCCUGGCAAAGAAGAAGCUCCGAAAUCAGAGUCUGAGAAACCGGAGGCUGUCCCUGAUGGAAAGGCAGAGCCACAGAAGGAUACAGAGCCAGAGCAAGCGCCUGCCUCCGCUCCGGCGGCUAGUAGUGAGGCUUCUAAGAGCACUGAGGCAAAGGUCUCUCAGUCUUCAGAAGCCACAGCAACUAGUAAAGCAGAUGACAAGAGCAAAGAGGAAGGGGAAGCCAAAAAGACUGAGGCUUCCGCAACUGCCGCCGCCCAAGAAUCUAAAAGUGAAGUGGCUCCAGCUUCAGACUCAAAACCUAGCAGCAGCGAAGCUGCGUCUUCUUCCAAGGAGACCCCAGCAGCAACAGAAGCCCCUAGCUCUACACCUAAGGCCCAGGAACCUGCAGCCCCAGCAGAAGAGGCUCCAACCGCUAAUUCGGAUCAAACCAUAGCAGUGAAUGAGUAACAUGGACAGCCUAUUGAAAAAAAAUUAAAUAAUAACGAAAUAAUAAUAAUAAUAAUAAUAACCACUUAAAAACAACCUGUG